AAACACUUACUAAUCCACACACUAAUGUCACACUCAAUAUAUUCAUGUCAUGGGGCUAGUAUUUAAAGUGGAGUUUGCAGAAUCUUAAUUCUCUCUCUCUCUCUCUACUCUCUCUCUCUACACUUAAAAGAGUUCACCCAAACACUUCAAAAAAGAACAGUACCAAUUAUGGGCACCACCACCACCACCACCACCACUCCUCCUUCCGACACCUUCCCAAUUAUGGAGUUACAGCAGUUGGAUGCCGACGCCGCCGCUUCCUCCACCGCCGCCGCCGCCGCCGCGUCGGAGAGGGGCAAAUGGCUGCUCAGCUCCCCCAACCCGCCAUCCCCAUGGCAAGAAAUCUACACCUCCGUAAAAGAGACUGUUCUUAUUUUACCCCAACCAAAUAACAGACAACCUCGUACUAAUACUAAUAAUAAUAAAUGGCCUAUUCUGUUCUUACAAGCCUUGUUUCCAAUCCUUAAAUGGGGAAGAAAUUACAAAGCUACAAAGUUCAAGAAUGAUCUUAUGGCUGGCUUAACUCUCGCCAGUCUCUGCAUUCCUCAGAGUAUUGGAUAUGCUAAUCUUGCAAACCUUGAUCCUCAAUAUGGCUUAUACACAAGUGUUGUGCCACCUUUGAUAUAUGCAUUAAUGGGAAGUUCAAGAGAGAUAGCAAUCGGUCCCGUGGCUGUGGUUUCGCUGCUUCUAUCUGCAAUGAUCUCUAAACUCGUUGACCCUACCGUUGACCCGGCUGGGUACCGGAGAUUUGUUUUCACCGUCACCUUUUUCACCGGCACCUUCCAAGCCCUCUUCGGAUUAUUCCGGUUGGGAUUUCUUAUAGAUUUUCUGUCACAUGCUGCAAUAGUAGGGUUCAUGGGAGGUGCAGCCAUUGUGAUAGGGUUACAACAAUUGAAGGGCUUACUUGGAAUUACACACUUCACUACCAAAACUGAUGUUGUCUCUGUUGUUGGAGCUGUUGCUAAAGCACUUAUUCAUCACCAAUGGUUACCGUUGAAUUUUGUCAUCGGAUGUACGUUCCUGAUAUUCAUCCUAGCAACUCGAUUCGUCGGAAGAAGAAACAAGAAACUGUUCUGGCUACCGGCAAUGGCACCGCUAUUCUCGGUGGUAUUAUCGACAUUAAUCGUUUACUUGACGAAGGCCGAUAAGCACGGCGUGAAAAUCGUGAAACACUUCAAAGGAGGGAUUAAUCCAAUCUCAGUUAAUCAGUUGGAUUUUGGAGGUCAACAUGUUGGUCAAGCUGCCAAAAUCGGACUCAUUUGUUCACUUAUAGCCCUCACUGAAGCAAUUGCUGUAGGGAGAUCAUUUGCUUCAAUAAAAGGGUACCAUUUGGAUGGGAACAAAGAAAUGGUAGCAAUGGGAUUUAUGAAUGUUAUUGGUUCUUGUACUUCAUGUUACACAGCCACUGGUUCGUUUUCGAGGACGGCGGUGAAUUUUAGCGCGGGUUGUGAAACGGUGGUUUCGAAUAUUGUAAUGGCAAUCACGGUGUUGAUAUCAUUGCUGCUAUUCACAAGGCUUCUUUAUUACACUCCGUUAGCUAUUCUGGCAUCGAUAAUAUUGUCUGCAUUGCCUGGACUUAUCGAUGUGAACGAAGCGUAUAAUAUAUGGAAAGUGGAUAAGCUCGAUUUUUUGGUUUGCAUCGGUGCAUUUUUCGGUGUCUUGUUUGGCUCUGUCGAAAUUGGCCUUCUUGUCGCGGUGGCAAUUUCAUUUGCAAAGAUAAUUGUGAGCUCAAUAAAACCUAGUACAGAAGUACUAGGUAGACUCCCAGGUACAGACAUUUUUUGCAACCAACUUCAAUAUCCAGUGGCCACCAAAAUUCCAGGCAUUUUAAUUGUUCGUAUUAAUUCCGGAACACUCUGCUUUGCAAAUGCUAACUUCAUUCGAGGAAGAAUAAUGAAGUGGGUGAAAGAUGAAAAUCAUCGGUCGGAAGAAAGUACCAAGGGAGGACUUCGUGUAAUGAUCCUCGACAUGACAAAUGUAAUGAACAUCGACACAUCGGGUAUUCAUGCUAUAAAAGAACUGCACAAGGAACUGAUUUCGCGAGGGAUAGAAUUAGCGAUGGCGAAUCCGAGGUGGCAAGUGAUUACGAAAAUGAAGGCGUCAAAAUUCAUCGAAAAAAUUGGACCGGGUUGGAUUUUCCUCUCUGUAUCCGAUGCUGUGGACGCUUCCCUUCGUCUGAAAUCGAAUGGCUUUAAUAGCUGUUAAAAAACAUAAUAUAAUUUCCAUUUUUACAAUGGAAAAAUAAUAAUUUUAAGAUAAUAUUUGUAUUACGUUGAAUAUGAUGUCCAAUGGUUUGAAUUUGUGUGUAAUAUAUACUUACUAUUGAUGUUUGCAUAAGAAUGUGAAGGGGAACGUUGAUCGUUUUUCAUUGCAAGAAUAAAAGCUACAAAGUGAACUAUUUUUGCAAGUUUUUGUAUUUUGUGUAUCUAAUUUUAGUUGA